GUCCGCCAUGAACCAGAGCUGGCUCUGUGGGUAUAUAAAGGAGGGCUCUGUCCACAGGGGCCACAGUCCCACACAGUCACAACUCUAGAAAGCAUCCAAAAUGAGCGGAAGAGGCAAAACCGGAGGCAAAGCCAGAGCUAAGGCCAAGACCCGCUCCUCUCGGGCCGGGCUCCAGUUCCCGGUCGGUCGUGUCCACAGGCUGCUGAGAAAGGGAAACUACGCUCAGCGUGUCGGUGCCGGAGCUCCGGUCUACCUGGCGGCUGUGCUGGAGUACCUGACCGCUGAGAUCCUGGAGCUGGCUGGAAACGCUGCCCGCGACAACAAGAAGACCCGGAUCAUCCCCCGUCACCUGCAGCUGGCUGUCCGCAACGACGAGGAGCUCAACAAGCUGCUGGGUGGAGUCACCAUCGCUCAGGGCGGCGUGCUGCCCAACAUCCAGGCUGUUCUGCUGCCCAAGAAGACCGAGAAGGCCGCCAAGAAGUAAAGCUGGAGACCGGCUCCCUGCUGGGAACCAGACCCCCAAAAAGGCUCUUUUAAGAGCCAAACACCAGCUGAUAAAGAGACGUUUCUCCUCUCACUGAUGCACCGAAGC